AUGGACGACAUAUCAGACAUAUUGAACGACGUGUCGCGAGACCCCUUCGCUGAGUAUGAUGCAACGUACGCGUCUAUUGACAGAGGGAGGCUUCAUUCGGGCCAGGCAGAUCUACAGGCGCUGACAAGAGCGUGGAUCAACGAGCGUGGGACCACUGAACUGCUACCCUGGCCCAGGGACGGGUUAAUCGAGCGCGUCACCGGACUCGUGAAACUGCAGAUCGAAACCGUUGAAACCAUGACCGGUGAUAUGGACCCGAAGACCAACUUCUCCCUCAUCAUCAUCCAGACGGAAGUCGAGCGGUGGAAAUUCCUCAUCCGCUCGUACCUGCGCGCGCGCAUUGCCAAGAUUGACAAGCACGCCCUGUACUACCUAUCAACGCCUACGCUCCAAGAACGCAUGAGCGAGAUGGAGGUGGCAUACGCCACACGACACCAGCAGCUGCUGCACAACCACUACCUCAGCAGUUUCCUGGGUAGCUUCCCCAUUCAGCUGCAGAACCUGAAUGAUACCGCGGGGGGAAUCUCCAUGAUCGGUGGGCCGGAUGAGGAGGGGGCGGUUUUUGUUAGGGGACUGGGGGCUAGAGGGGGUGGGGAUGAGGGGGUCGUGGUCCAUGGACGAAGCACCGACGCGGAUGGCGAGGUGGAGGUUGCGAGGGGGGAGGUAGUCGUUGCUAGAUGGGCAGAUGUGCGGGAGCACGUGGAGAGGGGGGAGAUGGAGUUGGUGUGA